CGGGUCGAGGUUACCGAGGCAUCAAACACACAGCUUAGCUCUUAGGGUCAAACCAGCCAAAUAAACCAUAAGCCAAAUCUCAACCUAAGCCAGGCGAAAAUGUCGAAGAUCAACGUCGUCGUACUUGUGGCCGUGUCCUUGCUGCUCGGUGGAGGAGGAGGAGUCCUGGCUCGUCCCUCGGAUUCCCCGGAUGCCCAUGCCGAGAUCCGGAGCUUUGUCAACGAGCUGAAGCAGGAGGACGGCAGCUACAACUACCAGUUCGAGACGUCCAACGGGAUUGCCCAGCAGGAGCAGGGAGUGGGUGGCUACUAUGCCAGUGGGUCAUCCCAGUACUACACCCCCGAGGGUCAGCUCAUCCAGCUGACCUACACCGCCGAUGAGAACGGAUUCCAGCCGCAGGGCGAGCACCUGCCCACGCCGCCACCCAUUCCGGAGGCCAUCCUGAAGUCGCUGGAGUGGAACCGCAACCAUCCCGAGGAGAUCGAUGAGUACGCCCAUCACCAGGAGCACCAUGAGCAUCACGAGCACCAUCACAAUGGACAGGAGCAGGGCAAGCAGUAUCUGCAGCCAGCCGGAGCACUGUUGGCACCCCAAUCCUCGCCAGCGGUGGCGGUGGGUCAGGUUUUGCCCUACGACAGGAAGGUUUAAGGUUUAAGGCUGAGGCAUCUGCAUAAUCCAUAGCAUCCAUAGCAUCCAUCCUGUCCAGCUGCCUCGUGUUUCGGGUGUCUGUUUGCACAGUCAACGCAUCUCACAUCGAACAUAAAGCAAACAGCAUAUAGCAUCCCAUAUCCCGCAUCCCGUAUUCCGCAUCCAGUGUCCAUCAAACGAAGGAAUGAACAUCGAGAGGCGAGUACAUCUGGAGGCGGCGGCACACCCACAACACGCACAGCACAGCACAGCACACACUGUAUAUAUAGAAGCUCAUACAUUUACAUCAACAUGCUCCUCGGGCUGCUCGACGGAGGAGGUCCUUCGUCCUGUGACCCAACUCCUCUGUCCUUCGGUCCCGUGUCCCUUGUCGGCUCGACUGACGUUGACAUUUAUUGCCAGAGAUAAUAAUAAUGUAAUAAAAGAAAAAUACAAUUUAA